UCAAGCUCCAGCGCUUCCAGCCGGCAGCAGCACUGAGCUAACAAGUCUUUGUGCCGGGAGAGAGAGAGAGAGAGAGAGAGGAAGGGGGUUGCAGAGCGGGAGCGAAUCAGAUGGUGAGAGAGCUGACAGUAUGAGGGUGCAGAGGGAGAAGGCAUAAGUGCUCUGUACUGCACUGUAGAGCUGGAAACAGAGAGGAGGCAUCAUGGCAGCACUCGCUGCAUCAUCACGACACAUGGAGAUGUUCGGCUGCUGCUGCUAAACAGGGAUGCAGAGGAGAGUCUGAAGGCGAGCCAAGGAAACAGGUUUGACCAGUGGGAGGAUGAGUGGGAUCCUGAAGAGAAAGCUUGAGGAGGGACCCUCCCCUUAUUUGUCCUCGCAGGGCUCCGAUUAUGACGAGGUUUCCUGCAGCGACAGCGGCAAUAGCAGCGACAGUCUCAACCACUCCAUCCCCUCCGGGAUUCUAAACGCGUCUCUCCAGCGUCAAUCGAAGCGACUUCGGGGUCGCAGCGUGCACUUUGAAAGUGUGACGGUCUACUACUUCAGCAGGCGGCAGGGCUUCACCAGCGUGCCCACGCAGGGUGGCAGCACCCUGGGGAUGUCGCCACGCCACAGCGGCGUGAAGCGUUUCACGCUCAGCGAGUUCGCCAUGGAGCAAAAACGAAGCCAUCGGAACAUGCUGAAGGAUCAUCUCAAAGAGGAGAAACUCAACGCCAUCAAACUCAAACUGACUAAGAACGGCUCAGUGUCAUCUGUGGAGGCGGAUACUCUCACGGUGGAUGACAUCUCAGAAGACGACCUAGAUGUGGACAACACAGAGGUGGAUGAUUACUUCUUCCUCCAGCCUCUGACCACGAGGAGGCGCCGGGCCCUCCUGCGAGCUUCGGGGGUCCGUUGCAUCGAUGUGGAGGAGAAGCACGAGCUGCGCACCCUGCGGAUGUCCAGAGAGGAGUGUGGGUGUCGCUGCCGGGGGAUUUGUGACCCGGAGACCUGUGCUUGUAGCCUGGCCGGCAUUAAGUGCCAGGUAAAUGGAACCGUGGUGGAUCGUAUGUCCUUCCCCUGCGGCUGCACCAAGGACGGCUGUGGCAAUGGCACUGGACGCCUGGAGUUCAACCCAAUUCGGGUCCGCACCCACUUUCUGCACACCAUCAUGAAGCUGGAGCUGGAGAAGAGCUGCGAGCAGCAGUAUCAGCAGCCAGAGCAGCACCAGCCGCUCAUAACCAAUGGCAACGGUUACCAUGGUGACUCCACCUUGAUCCAGCAGCAGCAGCCGAACCUGCCUCUGAUGAGCCUGCCACACAAUCCCAUCAUGCAUCUCCAGAACACGGGCAACACAGAUUUACAUCUGGAGGAAGAUGAGGAAGAGGAAGAGGACGAUGAGGAGGAGGAAGAUGAUGAUGAAGAGGAGGAUGAAGCUUAUGAUGAGGAUGGGAGUAGUGUUUGCAGCGGACUGUCAGACUGCAGCACACACAGCCUGGAAACGUUUGACCCCGAGGAGGGAGAUGAUGACGACGAGGAUGACGAGGACGAUGAGGAGGAGGAGGAGGAGGAGGAGGAGGAAGAGGAGGAAGACUGGGAUUGUUCAUUAAAUGGACUAAACCCACCACCUUACUCUGUUCCUCUUCCUUCUGUGCUGAGUUACUCUACCAGCACAAUGGUGAACCUCAGUAACUCCUUCCAUAGCCCAUCCUCCAUGCAGCGCUACCAAAUGGACCAAUCCGUAAACAACCCCCCAGCCUUCCUCACUGAAAACAUCAUCCUCCCCUCUGUGGAGUCUGCCCUGGAAUCUGAGAUGAAUCCAGAUUUCCACAACCAAACAGAGCAGCAGAGCAUCCCCUGUCAUUUCUCUGACUCCAUGAUGCCUCAAACUUGCUUACAUGUAGACCCACAUGAGAUGAACACUGCCCCCGCUGGUGGGUCUGGCGACCUGCCCCCAUCAGCAGACCUCCACCCCAGCUCACAGACUGAGGAAACAAAGAGAGCUCCUCCAGGAUCGCCCAGGACUGCAGAUGUCUGACGCAAUGCUCAAACAGCAUCAUCAGAGCCUCUGAUGAUGGAAGUCAUAUUUGGAAAUCUUACAUCAAGAAUUCAUCUUUAAAACUUCGCUAUUCUUGAUAAGUGCACUUCCAAAGAGCAAAUGAGUUGCACAUGGAAUCAGUUUUGAGCUCAGUUUGUUUCAAAAGACGAAAAAAAAAAAAACACCAUUAAACUAUGAUAAAGUAAGAAACCCCUGUUCCAGGGGCAGAGCUAGACUUUUAUACAUGGGGUGGCCAGAAGGUGGAAAAGAAAUGACUCAGUCUGAUGUGUCCUUCCGCUUUACAUAAUGACAAUACAUUUUAUUACAUAUGUAAUAAAUAUCUCCCUUUCUCUUCAUUCUUAUAUCUUCCUAUACAAAUUUAGACUGGUAACAGGUUCUAUUUAUCCACAUUUUCAUGCUGUAGCUACUUUAAAAUCAACUAGCUGCCUAGCUAGCCUCCUGUUUACAUUAACCUUUAAAACUCCAAGCCAGUUUAUGAUCUGCCUAUAUGUUUUUAUAUGUAAAAACCCAUGUAGAAGCUGAAGCUUUAAUCCUAGUCAGCAUCAGACAUGUUUUCAG